GCCACAUCCGACCUUAUUUCUGAUAACACGCAGGCGCCUCGCCCGUCUGGACCUCGCCAUCUUCUUCCGAACCACGCACCUGAGCGUUGUUCACCCCAAGUUCACCCGGAUCUCUGCCUCGCUAUCUCUUUUUUUUUUUCUUUUAUUUCCCUCUCGGCCGCUGUGAUCUUCAAGCGACCGACGCCUUAAGACCGUGCUGCUAUAGCCUCUGUUGCCCGCUAUCGUUUGCUUUGCCCAGCCUCCCGGCAGGUUUUGGGCGAAUAUCCCGAUUUAGCACGCUUUCACCGCCAUAUUCCACGCACGCAAGAAACCUUGACUUCUCUCUGCCCCAUAAACCAUGGCAUUCGCGCCUUCGGUCGAUUUUCAACGACCUCCCUCUCAACUCUCCGUCGAUCGAAAACCCGCAUUCCUAGACGAGUUCGAUCCGGCUGAGGAAUCAUUCAUGGACUCCACGCUCAUCUCCCCCGCAGAGGACCGGAGGGACUCCUUUGGAAAUGCAACGGGGCCGGUUUUUUCUCCAAGCACAGUCUGGGACGACUUUGCAGCAACGCCCGCCAUUCCAGACCGCCCAUUUGGUUCAAGCACAAAUCCUUUCGUGGAGCACAGCAACAAUCCGUUCCUGCGACAGGAUUCUGCUUCCUAUCCCACCCAGCACACCUCGCAAUGGCCGACCUUCGAUCACGGCCCAGAAUCGCGGGGUCCGAUGGGCCCGUCCAACUACGAGUCCUACAGUGCAGAGUUUGAGCCCGCGCCCGCCCAGGCAUUCCCCCACGGCGGACCUUUCGGUCCAAUGCCGCCCAGCAACGUCAGGCCAGCUUCGAUAUUCCCCCCUUCUCAGACGCCGGUGCCGAUGUCAGCCUCUCCGCCUCCCGUCAAGGAUUGGAUGAGCAUGGCUGAGCAGGCCCACAUGGACGCACGCCUCUCCAAGCGUCCAAGGGGCCAUUCACCCGCCCGCUACCCACCAAGCUACCGUCACGGAGACGGGAUUCGGAAGAAGAAUGCUCGUUUCGACAUCCCCCAAGAGCGCAAUCUCGCCAACAUCGACCGUCUCAUUGAAAAUGCCAAGGACGAAGACGAGAUCAAGGAACUCAAGCAACAGAAGCGUUUAUUGAGGAACCGUCAAGCAGCUCUUGAUUCCCGGCAGCGUAAGAAACAACGUGCCGAAGAGCUCGAGGUUGACAACAAGACCCUCCGAGACCAGAUUGCCGAGAUGAAUGAAAGGCUGUCGAUGCUUCAGAUGCAGGCUGAGCAGGCCACUCGCGAGAAGAACGAGCUGCUGCGCGAGAAUGCCCAGUUGAAGGAGCACCUCCAGCAGUCCAACUGGGACAAGGAGAACCUCAUUGUCGAGCACACGAAAGAUACCGGCGCACUGCGCAAGAAGAUUCAAGUGCUCGAAGAGAUCAUCGAGAACCGAGACUCGUCCGAAUCCACUCGUCAAAGUUCGACUGACUAUGACUUCCCGAUUGUGCAAGACAUGCACGGCCUUGCCGACAACGGUCUCGACAUGUACGGAAUGGACGACUCAUUUGGCGACUUUGUCAUGGACGAGGGGCCCUUCAAGCCUAUGGAGACGUCGACGCUUGUUCUUGCACCCAAGAAGAAGCCCGAGGAAGAGAAGGAGGCUCAAUCUGGUCCAUCCGGUUUGCUCAUGCUACUGUUGCUAUGCGGUGCUUGGGUCGCAAGCAAGGCAACAACGUCAAUGCCGGUCACCAUACCACGCAUGCCGGACGAGGUUCGAUCAGACGCGGCGGUCGUCUUUGACGACCUCAUGAAGGACCAUGGCGUCUCGACAUUUCAAGCUUCCAGCGCCGUAGAGCCUGCCGCGUCGUCCGCUGCAAGUGUCAGGCAGACCAGUUUCUCCAUGUCCAGCACUUCGGCGACCUCUAAACUAGACGAGAUGCAUAGCCGCUUGACGCAGCCGUCAAGGAGGCAAGAAGCUGAGGCAGCAUUCUCAUUAAGCGCCAAACAGUACAACAGCCUGACGAGCUCUGAAUUUGCCGAACCACCCUACAACACGCCGCCUGAGGAUGAUUCCCAACCACCAAGUCACCGCAGACACCUUGUCGAUACCCUAAAGGCGAUGCGCGAAGAAGCCAAGGGCCAAGCAACCGCCAGCGUCUACACACGAAGCCUCUUGUGGGAGCGCAUUCCAGACGACGUCGUUCAGCAAUUCAAACGUAUGGCAGAACACUCCAGCCAAACAGCCAGCGUAAAUGGAGACGGAGGGGAGUAAAUGUUUCGUUCAAACGCAUCUCUUUCUGUCCGCUCUGUUCCGGAUGAUGAGUAUAUUUUUGACGAAAGCGACAACUGAUUUCUUUUUUUUUUUUCAUUUCCCCCCACCUCAUGAAAGCGGAAACGUCCUGACGAUAAAUUUCCCUAAAGCUCACGACCAUCUGAUGACGCAGCGACUGCGACGAUUCUUUUGACGAGAGCGAGUUUCCAUUUCUCUCCUGGCUUUGGUUUUUUUUUUUCUUCCUUCCCCUGGGUCUUACGAAAUUGCUCUUGCAUGGCGUUCAUUGUUUAUCUUGAAAGAACGGUUCUUGCUUUUUCUGUUUUUUCUGUUGGUGUCUCUCUCCUGGAGGACAAUGACUGCUUGUUUACUUUGCAUUGCGAGCGACAUGAUCGGGGGCACUUUUCAUAGCAUGGUUGGAAACGGGGGCGGCUAACUAUACCCACACGCUUCACGCAGCUCUCGGUCCUCACGACCGCGAAACUAUUCCAUUGGGUUGGCUGGUUCUAUUGGCAGGCAUCAUUUGAACUACUUCUUUGUUUUUUGCACAAACUCGCGAGGAAGAACUUGUCUUUUUCCCGGUUGAAGAGCGCUGCUGCUCGACGACACCUUCGUCUCUCUACGUUACAUUUUCUUUCUUGGAGAGGGGUUCGCCUACCAAACCAGACGGCUCGACAGCUACAUUUUCUCCUUUGUCAGAUUUGUAGUGAGAGAAACGCGGUCAUGUUUUUCUUCCUUGCCAAAUCACGAAGCGAACUACAGUCUGAGAGCUAUGUCAAGGCACUUGCAUGUAUGUACCUCAAAUCAUCAAUUCAGCACGUCGUCUACCCCGUCACAGGGGAGGCAAACUUUUGGC